AUGCUUUCUCGAAAGAAGGGCGUUGUUGUCAACGUUUCUUCAGCUGCUGGCUACAACCAUAUGCCACUUUGGGCUGUCUAUUCUGCCACAAAGAAGUAUGUGACAUGGCUGACCGAGAUCCUCCGCCUCGAGUACGCCAACUCUGGAAUUGUAUUCCAAACCAUCUGUCCUAUGAUGGUAGCCACCAAAAUGAGCAAAGUUCGUAGAUCGUCUUACUUCACUCCCACCGCCGAAAAUUUUGCAGCUGCUGCCGUGAGAAGUAUUGGCCUUAUCAGUGAGACCACGGGUUAUUUCUCUCAUCAGAUUCAGCAUGAGCUUUCCAAAUUCAUUCCGAGACCCAUUUUCAAGAUCAUGGUCAUGAAGUUCAGUGAAGGUACCCGUGCUGCUGCCCUCAGGAAAAAAGCCAAAUCUCAGUAA